UCUUAAUCUUAAAAUAUCGAAUUUUUGUAUAGUGUUAUUAUUUAAAUUCAAUAAACUACAAUUGCAAUAAUCUCAUAAAUUCUAUGUAACAGAUAUACAGAGUUUAUAUGAUAAUUCAACGCUGUGACAUUUUUCCGAUAAGGAAUGCGUUUUGAAAAGGAAACAUAAACAUCGUAUAAUUUAGCGAUGCAUUUAUUUCAUAACGAUGAAUGUACAUAUAUACGAAACGAUGCUUUCUUUUGCGAAACUCGCAUAAAUCGCAUUCUUCUUAUUCGCUGAAACUCGUUCUGGACGUUGCUUCGGAAAAUUCACGAAAGCCAUGGCUGGCCGAUUCUGCCUGUGUGACGGAUUCCGUCGCACAUACAUGUGAGUCUAUUCCGGUGAAAAUGUAUUAUGAUUCGCGAAUAGGCGCAGCUGUGAUUCUUGCAAACUAACUAUAAUUACUAGUGGGCCUUCAAUGCAGUGCAUUCGUGUAAGAUGGGCUUUGUCUAGUUACCCGGUAGUCUUUUCAUAAAGCGACUGGUGUCUCGCACCCACGAUUUCACUGCUGGGUUCGUUAAUUCUGCCGCGAGAAAUCGGUAUUUCCUAGUUUGUCGGGAGUGGGCAAGCUAUUAUAGAUAAAACACCAGCAGAGAUUCACUACAUUCGUUGUUGAAAACUAACUUAGCGUAUGUAAACUUAGAAAUGCAUUUUGUUACUUCACAGACGACGGAAAGUUAAGAAUAUUUGAAGCUAUCAAAAUAAGUCAAAAAGAUAAUUGUGAAUGUUAAAUACAUAGAAUAAAAAAGUAAGUCAAAAAGAUAACUGUGAAUGUUAAAUACAUAGAAUAAACGCAUGUAUGAAAGUCUCUUCUUCUUUAAAUAAAUUUUUGUGUCAUUAGUGUUAAUAUUUUAGAAUUAUAUAGAAUUUUUAUUAUUAUAUAAAGCAAUUACAUCUAUUAAAUAAAUACGAAGAUAUAUAUUAUGUACGCUUAUUCUAUAUAAUAAUCAUAUAUAUAUAUAUAUAUAUAUUUAUUCUCAUUUGUUUUAUUUCUUUUUUAGUCUUGUCUGAUAGAACGCGUGUUUUCUCUUGAAAAGAUCUAAUACAGUGAUUUAAUAUUCUAAUCGAAAAAGAAUCUGGAUAUGAAGACUGUUCCAAUAGGAUCGAUUAUUCUCAUAUUUUUAUCUCUCAUACUAUGUUUUACGCGCGUUAUCAGCAAUAGCAGUGCGAGAACAUUUGCGAAACUGAAUUCGUUUGCUGGCAAUUAUAAGCCUCACUUCAUUUCGUUUAAUUCUGAUGGUGGAGAGAUUGAUAUUAGUUGGGAUGUGUCCGUACCUUUUUUCAAAAUACCACUAAAUCGUAUAAAAGAAAAUGGCGAAGUAUUGCCAUUGAUUAAUGUUAACACACGAGGAUUGUCAAUAGCUGGGAUGUUAACAAUCAUAUUCACUUUAGCAGUGCCUCUCUUAUCGAAGCCAGCACAGGGAAUGCAUUACCGAUCUGAUUCGCAAUGGUCAUGGAUGGGAAACACGAUGAAUGAAAUCAUACUUGGUAAUAAUUAUGUUAUAACUUGUAUACAACGUAUCGUUUGCACCAUUGUUUCUGAGGCGAGCCAUUCGGAUAAUCCUACGAGUACUGACAAGAUUAUUGAUGGUUUAUCAAGUUAUACGUGGUUCAAGGAAUUUAUAAACGGCACUGCUCUCCAGGAAGCUAUCCAGAUAGGAAAAGGAGGUCACGAUUGCACACAUGUUUAUAAAGAAUGCUUUAUAACAUCAGGAAUGCUUAAAAAUAUAAUGAUGUAGUUUGGUAUAUUUUAAUGUCCGCACCUGCCGCAGUGAACGAACUGCAUGAAUAUUGAAGCCUAUUGUAGUGAAUUUGUGUAAAUACAUAUGUCUAGAAGACGGAAAAAAGUUUCCAAACAGCACAUUGAUAUCUUUUGUCCUGCUGUUUAUAGUAAAGUAAAGAAAGUAUGGCCUGUAAGAACUUAAUCGCAGUUUUUUGGUGACUAUGAAAUAAAAUUAUUCAUGGGAGAAUCUCGUUACUUGUGAAACAAGUCAGACGCAUGUUCCAAUUUAUCCUUCGGUCUUUAUUUCAAACAUGCGCGGUGGAUCUAUUUUCCUUGUUCAAAUAUUUUGUUUUAUUUCUGAAGUGCCAAAUUGAUAUUGUAUUUUUUCUGGCGUAAUUACAGGAUUAACUAAUUCUAACAUAAUUAUAUAUUCCGGAGAAAGAAAAAUACCCAAAAAUAGAAUGAGUCUAGGUUCGACUCUUAGCUGAGACAAUAUUUUCCAUAAUACAAAGCAAACAAUUAACAAAUAAAUUGAUAGUCACUUCAUAUAUAAAUAGGAAAAGGGGAAUUUAAUACAUUCUUAAUCGAGAAUAAGAGAUCAUUUGAACAUGGAAGGUAGAUUCACCGCAUAUAUUUGAAAUAAAGAUCGAAGGAUUUGAUCGAAGGAGUGAAUUUGACUUAUUUCAAAUAACGAUAUCCUUUCGUGUAUAAUUCUAUUUAGCAAUCGAAUCAAAGAAUCGCGAUUAGACUCUUAUCCAUACAGCACCAAAUGUCUAAAAUACAUC